AUGAGUGCCACCCUCGACACGGCGCUGCAGGAGCUGGAGGAGUACCGACAGACACACCCGGAGGCACCGCGCUGCGUGCGGGACAUUCUCGAGUUCCGCAGCGAUGUGGCCGUGAUGAAUGAGCAGCAGCAGCAGGAGUUGGUAUCCUUGUGCUUAACAGAGGCGCAAUGGGAGUCCGUGCAGCGCAGUAAGACAUAUCGACAAUCUUCUGCGUGGCGUGUGGCGGAUGUUGAUGGCUUGGCCCGAACGCUGAUGGGAAGCUACCGCACGAGUUAUCAGCUGUACUCGGAGUUUCUCCCGGUGCCCGACCACGCUCCGCCGCUGCGGUUCUACUCCAUCCGUGAGUGCGCACGGUUACAGGGGAUCCCCGAGUGGUUUUCUUUCAACCCUGCGGAGCCCUCGUCUACCCGCGCCGGUGACAAGAGCAGCAGUGGCGAUGCUAACGUACAACGAGGUGUUGUGCCGGUGGGUGCGGUCUACAAGUUGAUUGGCAACGCAGUGAAUCCCAUCGUCGUGGAGCACUUGGGCCGCGCCCUGCUGGCAUGCCUUCCGCCGUAA